UCUGCUCCCAGAGCUGGGUGCCUGCUCACCAUGGACACUGUCGGGUACAGCAAGUGGGACGGCAGGCUGGAGGAGGUCCCCGGAGGGCACCGGGGACGCUGGGGACAGAGAGCCCUCCUCCUGACCGUAGCUCUCUUGGUGGUCACAAUCCUGUGGGCCCUCGUUCUGAGCGUCCUGUUUUCCAAGGCCUCCACAGAGCGCGGAGCGCUGCUCGGCCAGCAGGAUCUGCUGAGGACAAACUCCUCGAAGCAGAUGGCGGUGCUGGGUGUCCUGAAGGAGGAGGUCCGAGCCUGCAACAGCUGCUGCCUGGGAACUCAGGCGCAGCUGCAGACCGUGCACACCAAGCUUAGAGAGGCACAGUCGAAGCUGAUCCAGCAGGAGAGCGCCCUGAAAGAAAUGAGCGAGCGCGUGACCCAGAGCUUGGCCAAAGCCGGUAGGGACCGUGAGAACAUCCGCAGUGAGCUCUUCCAGGCUCUGGAAGGAGUCCGACUCGGGAACCGCUCCUGCGAGGAGUGCCCCAAGUCGUGGCUGCCAUUCCAGGGCUCCUGUUACUUUUUCUCCACCCAACGGGCCACGUGGGUGGAGGCACAGCGCCACUGCGAGGGCGCCAGAGCGCACCUGGUGAUUGUCGGGGGCCCGGAUGAGCAGGGCUUCCUAAGUCGGAACACUGGUGGCCGCGGUUACUGGCUGGGCCUGAGGGCCGUGCGCAGAGCGCUCAGGAUCCAGGGCUACCAGUGGGUGGACGGAGUCGCGCUCAGCUUCAGCCACUGGAAUCAGGGGGAGCCCAAUGAUUCGCUGGGGCGCGAGGACUGCAUCAUGAUUCUCCCCACGGGGAUGUGGAACGACGCACCGUGCAACAACAAGGACGACAGCUGGAUCUGUGAGAAGAGGCUCAGCUGCUGACCACGCCCAGUGCCCCAGAGUCACGCCCACUGGCACUUGUCCAAUCGCCUGAGCCGCUCACCGUCCUGGCUCCGCCCACCACCAUUAAUGUCCCAUCCCACCCACAGCGUAGGCCAGUAACUGCACUCGGAGACCUCUGCUCCAGCCUCACUGCAACCCCUCACCCGUGGACCUCACCUAGCCUCCACCCGCUCCAAAAUCUGAGCUCCCCGGCCCUGUGAUCUGACCCUAUCGCCCUCCCUAACCAAGGUCAAGUAACUCGGGGAUGGAGCUGUUUGAUUUACUUGUAUUUUACCAUGCAGAUGGAAGGCCUCAAAGAUAGGGAUUUUGAGAGCUUUCUUUGCAGCCCGAGGGAGCAUCAAUAAAUGAGAAAUGAAUCUUG